AUAUAGCAAUACAUGCUAAUAGCAUUCCCGCAUGUUAGAAGGAUGAGUCAUUGUCGAUACGUCUUUUUCUGUUUGUAUGAGUGUGUGAGAGAAAACGCGUAUAUAUCUGUCCUGAACCGUGUGCGUAGUUAGUCGCUUUGUAAAUACCGUAAAGGACGUUAACGUGUAAGAAUUUUGUAAUCAAAUAAAAAUUAACAGGUUAUGGGCCCAGUUGUGCUGAAUUAAUUAAUUAAACAAGAAAGAAAAAUUUCUUUGUAUUCUUUUGAGUGCAUUAAAAAUACGUGGAAUUCAACCAAAGUUGAAAUAAAAUAAAAGGAACGAAACGAUGAAUAGUACGACAAGAAUUGAACCGCUCAACAAGGACAAUUAUGACACCUGGAAGAUGCAAAUUGAAGCGAUACUGAUAAAAAAUGAUCUGUGGCAGUACGUAAGCGGUGAUAUAAAGAAGCCUGAAGAAACGGAGCAAAACCGGACAAAAAUUGAAGAAUGGAUAAGAAACGACAAAAAGGCCAAGGCGGACAUCAUUCUGUGCGUUAGCCCGAGCGAGUUAACACAAUUAAAGGGUUGCGAGACAUCAAGGUCAGUAUGGCAAAAAUUAGAAAACGUUUACGCAUCGAAAGGUCCCGCAAGAAAGGCAACACUCCUUAAGCAACUCACGCUACAAAGGUUGCCCGAAGGAGAAAACAUGCGCAAUUGAAUCUAGAGAUGAGUUGCCAGAGCCCGAAGUUUUAAAAGUAAAAAUAUUAGAAGAACACGAGGCUAGAUUGCAAAAAACUGAAGUCCGAACUUCCAAUGCCAUGGUCGCUUCAACGCAUAAAAAACAUUUUGAAAGAAAGGAAAAUGAAAAUUCAAGAACCACAACAGAAAAUUGGAAAACAAAAAAUAAUGAUAUAAGAACUAAUAAUAAAUGGAAUAUAAAGUGUUGCAGGUGUCAGAAAAGAGGACAUACAGCACCAAAGUGCAGGACCAAAUAUCCAUUUACAAAAAACGAAGGUCAAGGCGCAAACAAAGCGACGCAUGAAGAAGAUGUUUAUUAUGCCUUUACUGGGAAGCUUGAUAAUAAUUCAACAAUAAAUAACCAAAAAUGGAUUUUGGACAGCGGAUGUACAGCACAUUUGUGCAAUGAUAAAGGUAUUUUUUUAAAUAUGUCUAAAGCAUCUGAUAGCGUAAACUUGGCGAGUAAUGCGUCAACU